AUGGCUACUACCAGUGCUUGCGAUCGCUGCGCUAAAACCGUUAAAAAGAAUGAAGAAUACAUCGAAUGCAUGGGCUUCUGUAAAAAUGUAGUUCAUAAGAAGUGCGAAAACCUCGCUAUGCCCACCGUGAAAGACAUCCAAGAAAGGAGCAACGUGCACUGGAUGUGUGAUGAGUGCUCUAAGCUGAUGAAAAUUUGCCGUUUCAAGAGUGUUGUAUCGUCUCUCGGAUGUGUUAUCUCAACAGUAAUCGAAAGCCAGAUGAAUGGAUUAUCCGAGUUGAAAGCCGAGUUGUCAAAGAACAACAAACAGGUCGCCGACGUUUUAAAUGAAAAUAACAACCAGGUUGCUCAACUCGCGAAUAUUGUGAACGCUGCGACGCCUGGAAGGGUUCCAAACAGGGAGCGCCCGUCUAAGCGUCGUCGGGAAGACUCUGCUGUCCCGAAUUCGAAUCCGAUAUCCAAUACCGGAACAAGGAGCGUCGCAAGUAACGCUGUCUUAACUGUUAAGCCUGCUCCAAAUUUGUUCUGGGUGUAUUUAUCACGCUUUCACCCAACUGUCAAGGAAGACGUUGUGGAGGAGCUCGUCCGUGAUGGUUUACAGACUUCCGAACCCAUCAAGGUGAUCUCGCUAGUGAAGAAGGGUGCAGACCUUAGCUCGAUGAACUUCAUUUCGUUCAAAGUUGGCGUUCCAGUUGAACUUAAAGAUGCUGCUUUGGAUCCUGGCACUUGGCCAGAAGGAAUCGUGUUCAGGGAGUUUGAAGGUCAAUCAAAAAACACAGUUUGGCUUCCUCCAACUACGACGGUCUCUUCAGAUCAAGCGCUCAUCGAUACACCAGCCAGUACACCUUUCGGUACGCCAAUACCCGUCAUCACACCAGCCCCUUUGGAUUCGCCGAUGCCAGAAACCACUGCGUAA